GCGAGCGGAACAACCUACGCUGCUCACGAACUCGUUCACCCACCUUCGACCUCGCCCCGCACGUUCUCUCUCCGCCGUGUCCUUACCUUGUACCGCCAGGUAACUGCCAGAACUUCCACCACUUCCACCACCGCGUUGAUGGUGCUCGUCAUUCGUCCCUACGGCACGUCGCCAUACUUCGAGAAGGACCAGCCUACCUCGGCAAACAUACUUCUGACAGUCUAAUCCGAAUGAUAGUGCGCGAGAUUUCUAUUUCUAUAUCUAUUUCUAACUGCGCUAUUCCUGCUUGACGUUUUCAAAGCGUUCGGAAGCUUUCCAAUGAGCUUUAUUGGCUUAAUCGGUUUAAUGCAAUUCAUCGGUGUUUAGUGGUUUAUUCUUUAGUUUCUUUGAGUUUAAUAGCGAGUAACAUUUAAUAGUGAGGGGGGGUUCAGCUGUUUAAACGUGCAGCUGGUAUUGCAGUGGCCGGCGUUACGAUAAAGAACCAGCAAGCAGGCAAUACCUACUGGAGCCCCGGAUCGACAAGGCACGAAGCAUUGCCAUCAUAGUCGACAGUGGCGCGAGGGGGCACGCUCGCGUCUAAUCACAGUGCAGCAGUACAAUAGAGAAACCCGCCUGAAAAUGGUUAAAAGUGGACGAGUGUCGUGCGACUCACGAUAGAGAUAUCGUGCUCAUGCACUUGAUCGCGGCGUCGAGAAGUUGCUGAACUUUUCUCUGAUAAAGUCUAUUGCGAGAAAUGAGGGUGGCCCGGCGUGCUUAAGCUGAUUGCGGGAAUCUGAUUUUGAUUAAGGGAAGAAAAUGGCGAUCACGGCCGUGCCGAGUUGCCUCGGUCCACCACCGCUACCACCAGGUAAACGUUUCCUACAGAGGUCCUCGAAGAAACUUUCCUCGACCUACAGGAGCUUUCGGGAUCCCGCGAUAGAGGGCUGGAUGCCUGCCGGAGUAUCUGGAGCUGCAUCGGAAAGGUCCUCCCUGAAGACGGUGUCCAGGUCCGGCAUCACGAUAGGCAGUAACCUUUUCAGAAGUCGAUCGGAGGGAAAUCUGACUGGUAAAAGAUCAGCUAUACUGGCUUCCACGCCGUUGGAUAGGUGCAUACGUGCGAUAUACGGGAGCUGGCGUAAUCUCAUGCAGUUUGGCGGUAUGAGCCGGCCGUCGAAAGCCGUGACUCAAGCGAAGAAGGUGGCUCCACCAGCAGUUCCUGACGUCUUUCGCCAUUCGGGCUCGAGUUUCGGCUCGGCUGGCUACGCUAGCAGCGAGGAUGGCUGUUUUUUGUCCGGUGGCGGCAGCAACGGUGGUGGUGGUGGUGGUGGUGGUGGAGCUGGCGACGAUGGUUCCUACGGGAUGCCGUCGGGGAAGAGUCCUGGACCAAUUUUCACGCAUCCAGGAUUUGCCUUUCCACCCAUUGUUGGAAAGUAUGCUCAUGCCGAAGACCAGGGUAUCGACAUGACGCAAAGCCCAGGAAGGGAUAGUCCUGGAAGUUCUGGAUCAGGUUCCGGCUCAAGACAUUCCACUGCCUCUUUGGACUCCGGUAGAGCCUCAGGCUACCAUCUUGGCCCGAGGGGUCCUGGAGCGCUUGCCUCCUCCCCAAGGUGUUCCAUUAGUUCACUGGGGAGUCAUCCGGAUCGACCGGCCGAUUUGGACGUCGUUCACGCAUGGCUCACCGAGUUACAACUUGAGGAAUAUUUUCCGCUUUUUGCUACUGCGGGUUAUGACCUCGCUACUAUAACUCGUAUGACCCCUGAAGAUCUCACGGCUAUAGGUAUUAAGAAGCCUAAUCAUAGAAAACGCCUAAAGGCGGAAAUUGACAACUUAAAUAUCGGCGAUGGACUUCCGGAACACGUACCUGGUUCUCUCGAAGAGUGGCUAAGGCUGCUGAGACUCGAGGAGUACUUAGGUGCGCUGCAUCAGCAAGGUAUGCGAUCCGUCGAGGAUGUUACAACUCUGACUUGGGAGGAUCUCGAGGAUAUUGGUAUAGUCAGACUCGGGCAUCAGAAAAAGCUUCUUCUCGCCAUUAAACGUGUUAAGGAUAUUCGGGCUGGUAAACGUAUUCAGCCGCUGGAUCUUGCACGACUUCCUCCGCACCCAGGUCACACACAGGAAGUUGUAAUUCAACGGUCUGGUCCGGACUUGCCAUCACCGGACGAGGACUGCUCGUCGCCUGUCCUGAGAUCCUUCCAAAGAGCUGGUGGAGCUGCUGCUGGUGGAAACGAAACCUCUUCCGGCAAUGCCUGGAGAAGCAUGUACGCAGCAUUGCCAACUGGCUUAGAUUAUAAUACAAUGGGAAGAGGACCAAGAGGAAAAUCUUUAGAAAGUCUUGAGGAUGCUCCUCUUGGCUAUCCACCUUCACCAGCACCGUCUUCCUCGUUAGCACACGGACAGCUUGUCGAAUGGCGGCCUCGAAGCUUCGAAGAUGGCGAUCUUACUCCUACAAACGAAGCUUCCGUCGUCGAAGCGGGUGGCGGCACCCUGCCCAGACCUAGACACUGUCUUGUCCGUCCGCGACCCGUUGCGAAGGUUACGGCAACUCCAGGGCAGUUCAAAUCUUUGCCCAGAGACUUUGACAACAAGUAUCAAUUAACGUACGGUCUCGAGAGCAGUCCUAAUCUGUCAAAACGUCGACCGCCAUCGCCGCCAAGACGUCAGAGUUCACGGGAAAUGGGAUCAUUGUCCGUGACCACCGGGGUGGGUCAGAGCGGUACCAGUGACGUCGUGAUAGACUGUAGCGGCCCUGUACCCACCGCAUCGUGCGACGAGCAUCACCAUCAUCAUCAUCAUCACCACCUUCAUCAUCACCAUCCGCCACCGCCCCCAGCUCCUGCGCCAGCCCCAUCUACGCCAUCCCAGCUAAACAGACCUCCGUCCUCGAUGUCGCGAUCCUGGGGUAGUGUCAGUGUCAAUGUCAACGAGGAACACGAGCUCAUAGCUUCUCUCGCCCUCCAGCAUCGCAAUGGAUCCGAUGCUAGUUUCAAGUCGAGCUCGAGCACGGAAUCGGAUUCUCUGCCGUUUGCAAACGAGAACGCUGGCACAAUAAAGCAGCGUGCCGCGAGAGCCCAAGAAUACGCAAGCAGUCCCGGUAAUAUGAGCAGCCACGUAAUGAGUCACCACUCUCUGGUGAAUAGCAGCAGUGGUGGCGAGCCCGCGGAUGUUCUCAACGACAUCGGAAACAUGCUGGCAAAUCUAACGGACGAGUUGGACGCGAUGUUGGAGGAGGAGAAACGACAAGGCCUCAAUCCAUAAUCAUCACUGCCUUCUGUGCUCGUGAACAUUUAUCUCAAUUCUCAAGAGUUGCCAUAAGAUGAGGAGAAUGACUAUGUUUUCUCGUCCGCGCGAUAACAACACACAUUCCUCGAGGAUUGCGCCGUGUGGGGUACGACUGAUAGAAAAAAAAAUCCAAUAAAUAUUAUUACCACAGCCCUGGAGGAGUGGACGGAGGCACGAUCGCUCAGGAAAGUUUUGGCACAAUUUCUUGACUGCAUUUGUUUUUAAGCAGUUCCUACUUAGGUGGCACAACAUCAUCCAUUGUCUGUUUGAUCAUUCUACUUAUUUUUACGCUUUUCUUUAUUCCCCGUUUUCCCCUCGCCGCUCGCUGCUGCAUGGAAGCUUGCAUCAGGAUUCGCGAGCGAUCGGGUCGUCCGGAGUUUUGGGACGUCGCGAGGUUCCCAGAGAACUCGCGUUACUUCGGCGACAGGGUUCCCGCGGUUAACGAACGUCCAGCGCUGCGCAUUAGUGCGCUGCAUAACCUCAUGGCGUAGAGAGAUAAGAUUAUUUUACGGCUGGUAGAUUCGAGGAUAUCGCGUCUACGCUGCACAGGGUACAAAUUCGUGUUUCGCGAUACGUAGUACAUGUAGGUACACACGUGUUUCCCAGACGUAACAAAGAGAAGAGGAAGACAGAAAAGAAGUAAUGAAAUGAAGGAUUUAUGGGCGAGAAGUGCCUUUGAGGCGAUUUCCGAUCGACGGGAUUUCACUGUUCUAUUAUUUUGCUUUAGUUAGGGAUUGCAUAGUGUAACUGGGAGAAAAAAUAUUCUUCACGUAAUAACAUUUAUUUCAAGUAUUACAAAUGUCAUCCAAUCGCGUGUUCUUGCCUACACGCGUAAACGCUUGCAUUUAUUAGCGAGUUUCGUCAGGGAGUUUUCUUAUUCCUCCUGCCCCCGCCCCCCAUUGCUCUCUGGGAACUUCGUACGAAUACAUUCCACAUAAAUCUUUUUACUCUAUUAUCACGUCCGUCCUCGCACGAGUGCGUACACGCGACUUGUCCGCGUAUCAUCGCAAUUCCACAGGUUGAUCUGUUUUUAUCAUUUUCUUUUCUUUUUUUAUCCUUAAUCUUUUUAUCGUACUGCAAUAAGCUAUGUCGGUCUUUCUUAAAUAAUGCAGCGAUCCGCCUUGGGUGGUACUCGUCGUAAAGCCUCAGCGGCUAUCUAAUGUAGUGCUAUCGGUUGGUCAGGACGUGCAUCGUACUAAUUGUGUAUCAAGCGCGGGCUUUUAGGAAGUCUGUAUAGAUUGGUGGAGCGGUGAGACUGUAAGAAUGGGGGGAAAGGGAAGGGUGGCCGUCGAUGGGUGUCGUCUUCCGUGAAAAAAAGUAUGAUAACAAUAAAUUGAGCGGAGAAUUAUUAUUGAUAAUUAAUGGAGUGCGGUAAACGUCGACAGACGUAAUUGUUAUUCUGCCGGCGCACUACGUUGCUCUAAAAAAUUGCAGAGUAGUGUUGACAAGGAGUUGCUUAUUCUUUCUCUUUAUUUUCUUCGAUUCCGUAUCAGGAGAGAAAUGCUCGAGCAACGUUGCACUCCGGCGGCACAGAUGAUUAAUAGUAGUAACAGAUGUAACAGACGUAAUAGACAUAACAAUACACGUAUAUCGACAGGAAACGCAUAGGGUAAAGUGCUCAUUUCGGAUGCGCUUCUAGUUUGGAUAAGAAAUUUUCAAAUGUCUCGAUUGUAUCUUUUUCCACGAUCAUAUUGCUAUAGAGAUGGCUAAAAUGAAUGGUGAAGAAAAGUACAUCUACGCACGAUGCGGGCGGCUUAGGAGACAUUUGAAAUUUUUAAAUUUGAAAUAGGCACUUCAUCUUUACGUUUUAUAAAGAACGAUGUGAUUGUUAGUUAGUGCGUGUAUUAACACGGCCGAGGACGUGCCCGCGCGCAGAGAACAGAUAGAUGCAUUUAUAAACAGAGGUUAUGCAGACGCAGAGAUACAUACGAGACCCUUAAGAUAAAAAUUUAACGUUUAAGAUGUAUUAAUUGAAAGAAAAAAGAUGGGCCUGGAGAACGUCAGGACUUGUCUUGUUAACUAUUGUAGAUAUAUAGUUAUAUAUAUAUAUAUAUAUAUACAUACACACACAUAUGCAUAUGCAUAUAUAUAUAAUGUGUAUCAUAUAUAUACAUAUAUGUGUGUGUGUGCGUGCGUGCGUGCGUGUGUGUGUGUGUGUGUGUGUGUGCAGGCGCCAUGGGUGAGCGAUCAAUUUGACAAUUUGUCUACUUUUAUACGAACGUCCAUUUUCUCCAUAAGAGUUCUCGGGACCUUUUAAAGCGAAUGUUAGGAAUAAAAAAAGAUGUCAUUUUUAUACGGAUCACGUAAAGCUGUGUAGCACAGCGUGUAGAUAAUCGACGAUGCAUUUUUUUUGUUUAAAUCCGACGAGAUGACACCCUAUUUUCUUCUACUUGUAUAUUAUCCAGUGCUAUUUUGUAAUUGAAAGGCUGUUGGCAUUUUUGCAUGCGGCAGGGAAUACACUGUGCCGAACAGCGCGUCAUUUUAUGUAAGUCGUACUUUUUAUUUUGACAAUAUCCUGUUUUUGUUUUUAUGACGUAGCGGUUUUACGACACAUUUUAAUAUGCGUAAAGGUUUCCUGUCCAUGUUUACUCUUUACGGUGUAUUACUUUCACGGUGCUUCUUCCAAUUUUGGGUCAGGUUUUUGCGCGCGUAUUUUCGCUUCUACGCAUGAAACGGGACGCGCAUUUUAUGUACAGUCUGUACGCUAACUAAUGUAUUUUUUCAUAAAGCACUAUACUGUGUUCGUCGUAUCAAGCCGACUUGGCUCCUUCUUUACUUUACCAGGCAGCUACUGUCAAUCAAUUUCCGACUUUGUUACUAUAUUCCAUGGCGCGUUAAUAUUAUACAAACAACACGCACCAUAUACACAUUCAUAUACAUACAUACGACACACGCAUCUAUAUAUAUAUAUAUGUAUGUAUAUAUAUAUGUAUAUGUAUAUAUAUAUAUAUACAUAAAUACACACAAAAUAUACUAGGUAUAGUUUUUGUACAAAGGUAUGCGCGCUCGACCGACUUGCCCAGCGAAUCUUCUCAGCGCCCGCCUAAGCUCUAUUGUACACCCCUUCCAUGUUGAUUUAACAUGCAUUAAAUAUAUUAUUUGGUUUAAUAACUAUAUUGAGAGCAAUUGAUCUUUAAAUAAAGCCAAACAAUGCGAAAUUUC